GCAUCACCACUUUUACAUCCUACACUUACAAAGAAACCGUUCCGCAUACAGGCCAACAUUACUGAGCGGGUAGGGCACUGCGUCCACCCCUUUUCUUCUCUCUUGCUUAGUAUUCGCCAACUGAGAAUCUGCUUCUGUGUGUGUGUGUGUGUAUGAGAAUAUCAAUACAGUAUUGCAAAAGGAAACUGGAAAUUUUUUUCAUUACUUUCUUGUUCACUUUCUCUAGCUCUUUUUAUUCCGCACUAUGCCGCAGAACGAGUACAUUGAGCAGGCGCAAAAGCGCUACGGUCGCAGGCUCGACCACGUCGAGCGCACCCGCAAGCGUGAGGCCCGUAAGGCGCACACGGACGCGACCUUCCUGAAGCGCGUGAGGGGCAUGAAGGCGAAGCUGGCACAGAAGGCGCGCUACGUAGAGAAGGCGGAGAUUCGCAAGAAAAUCCGCGAGCACGAGGAGAAGCAGACGAACGAGCGCGUGAAAGAGAAGGGCCCGAAGAAUGCGCUGCCUGGCUUCUUAAUGGACCGUAGCGAGGCGGACCGCGCCAAGGUGCUGUCCAACUCCCUGAAGCAGAAGCGCAAGGAGAAGGCGGGCAAGUGGGCGGUGCCGAUCGAGAAGGUGAAGACGGUGUCGGAAGAUGAGAUGCUGAAGGCGAUCACGUCUGGCAAGCGCGGCAAGAAGUCGUGGAAGCGUCUGGUAAACAAAGUCACCUUCGUCGGCGAGACCUUCACGCGGCGCAUGCCCAAGAUGGAGCGCUUUAUUCGCCCCAUGGCGCUGCGCUUCAAGAAGGCCCACGUGACCCACCCCGAGCUCAAGGCGACCUUUUACCUCCCCAUCAUCGCCGUCAAGAAGAACCCGCAGGGUAAGAUGUACACCGGCCUCGGUGUCAUCACGAAGGGCUCCGUGAUUGAGGUGAACGUGUCGGAGUUAGGGCUCGUGACGCCGUCGGGCAAGGUGGUGUGGGGCAAGUACGCGCAGGUGACCAACAACCCGGAAAACGAUGGCUGCAUCAACGCGGUACUGCUCGUGUAA